AUGGACCCCGUGGUGCCCGGGCCGCGCCACACCCGGCCGCUCGCGCGGCCGCGGCUUGAUGCGCCGCCGUCGAAGCGCUUCGUUGCAGCGCUGCAGCGUUCCAGCUCUUGGCGCUGGGCGGCCCUGGCGGCCACAAGGAGGGCCACCGUGGCGCGAGGCGAAGCGGAGUGGGUGCCAAAGAAAGAAGUCCUGACAGAGUCGGCAGCUUCUGAACGACCCAUCGGGUACUAUUGCCUCCGUGAACCUGGGAGUAGCACAUGUCUCGGCACCAUUUGCGAAGUGCGAUCGCCCGGACCUUCGGAAGCUGAGAGGCGCUUCCAGCUGAAGAUCGCCAGCAAGGUGGAGCACUUCGUGGUGCACGAGUUGCCGUUCUCGGAAGGAAAGUUGGGUGGGCAUAUGUGGGAUGGUGGGAUUCUGAUGUCUGCGUGGUGCGCUUCGCAUCCUGAGCUCUUUGAAAACCACAAAGUCCUGGAGCUGGGAUCAGGGAUUGGUUUGUUGGGUCUCACCCUAUGCCGUGCCCACCGUGCCACCGUGGUCCUCUCCGACUUCGGCGAGGCAGAAAUCGCGGCGCCGGAGCGCCUGGUGCCACCGCGGCUGCUGGAGAAUUUGCGCCAAAAUGUUGCGAUCAAUGACAUCAGCAACGCCGAGGUGCGACAUAUCGACUGGCACGACUAUUUGGAUGACCCUGGCGAGGUGGAACGCUUUCAGCGCCUGGUAGCAGCGGAUGUGGUCUACUACUCUUCCGAUGUUCCUGCGCUCGCAGCGACCAUCGGUGCUCACUUGUCUCCCAAGGGCCAAGCCUUCGUUCUGGUGGUGCGUCGCACCUGGCACGGGCCGCAAGCCUCCGAGAGGGCCACGGCGGAGGACCUAGCCUCAGCCCUGCGCAGCUACGGCGAGGUGACCGUUUCAGAACUGCUAGGAUACUGCUGCACCUUUGAGGAGGUCCCAAUGGCCCUGAUCCAAUUGUUGAACUGCCACCCAGCGAAGAAUCGCAACGCCACGGAGCAAGAAAGCAUCCAACUCAGUUUCUCGGAGCCCAUCAAAGCGGGCGAAGGCUUCUUCGAGCUUUGGGACGUGGAGGAUGCCUCAGGACCCAAGAUUCGCAUCGAUGUGCAGAUGUUGGCGUCGUCCAAUCCGGACUUCUAUGGGCGGAAACUCAUCGAUGGCACCGUGGUGAACCUGGUGGUCAGCCGUCCAGAUUUGAAUUGCGCAGGUGGAUGCCGCGAACUCGAGAGUGGUGUGACGUAUUUCUUGACGACCAGCAAUCCCGGGGUGUUGUAUGACAUGAUGGACAACCCUUUGCCCAUCUUGGAUACCAAUCAGUCUGGCUGGAGGUUCUACGUGAAUGAGAACGUCACACGGGCUCCAGAAGUGCUAAGGGUCAGCUAUGACUUCAACAUCACAGAGACUGCCAUCGACGUGCACGGCUACAUCUACUUCACUCAACGCGUCUUCCAGAACGGUUCCUUCCCUGGCACGACCAAGAGCUUCACGGAGAUUGAGAUUCGGGACUGUGGUGCGAACUUCGAGUGUUCCACGUUCCAGGUCCUUGAGCCCGAGAUCUAUGUCGACGCCUGGGGCUCCGGACAGUUGAGUUUGGAGCCGGGUUUGGUGUCCUUUCGCUUCGAUUCUCCACGGAGUCCGCACCUCUUUCAGGUCAGAGUAGAGUCCAGAAGCUUUAUGGGUGCUGAUACCAGCAAAGGAAGCCUGGCUGGACCCUUGGAGGCCUACCUAUUUCCACUGGAGACCGGUCCCGAUCCACGGCGUCCAGCUGACAGGCCCUUCGUUCUCCCUGGCGGAGUCACACCGCUGGGGCAGAAGGUGCCGGCAGAAACCAAUGUGACACUGCUGUUCAACGAGGAGGUCCUACCUGGAUCUGGUAACAUCUCUUUCUGCACUCAGUUGAUUCAGGAGACCCAGAGCUGCACCUUGGGUCUCUUCGCGGAUGGCUCUCCCAGUACUUUGGAGCUGAGCUCAGCUCAGGUGGCACGGCGGAAGGUGACCUGGAAACAGCAGGACUGCGCCUUCGGACAGACCUUGCAGAUUCUGAUCCCCGAAGGCUUGUUCGUCUCAGCGGACAAACACGUUGCGAUGGGGCGGAGCAGCGGGGAGUACAGUUUCUCAAUCCGCGAGGGUGAUGUGGUGCCACCGAGGGUCAUUGCCGUCGAAGCCACCGACCGUCGUGAUGGUGUGGUUCAGAUGAUCUUUUCCGAAGCCGUGAUCUUUCAAGGGGACCGCGGCAGUCAAGGAGUGGUGCCGUUGGAAACCUCUGAGGGACGUGUGGUGUACUUCAACGCCACCGUGGAGGGAGCUGUGGUGACCAUCCACGGAGCCUUUCGCAAAGGCGAAAGCUAUCAGCUGCGUCUCGCCGCGUCGUUUUUGAUGGACAUCAUGCGGAACCGAGCAGACAUCGAGGUCCUGAAGCCCAACUUCACCAUCAGCGACGAUGUGACCGGUCCUGUCGCGCCCCUGCCACACCGAAGUGUCUCCAUGCACGAUGUCUUCUACAUCUUCUUUCACGAAGCGGUGCUCCCCGGACGCGCGCGGUGUCAACUCCAUUCCCUUCCACCGGUCUCGUGUGGGAUUACUUGUGGCAGGAGGGAGUUGUUGGUAGAUGUGUCAGCUGAAGUCCUUCAUUACGAGCAGGGCGGACGCUUGAGGAGUCUGGUGCAGGUGGAUCCUGGUCGUGAUCUGCUGCCAGGUUUUGGAUAUCAUCUGCUGCUGCCUGCUGACUUUGUCGAAGACUUGGUGGGAAACCCUUCGGAGAUGGCCGAAGCCACAUAUCUGGCGGAGCUUCAACGGGAUUGGACGGCGCCAGAAUUGGUGCUGGCCACGAUUAACGGUCAUGGGGGACCCAUGCCUUCCUUCGACCAAGAUGGACACGGGAGCGGUUUGGAGCUCUACUUUUCUGAGGUGCUGCAGCCUUUGCCGAUGGAUGCCAUGUCCGCCAUGGUCUUGCAUUUAUUGCCCAGCGAUGGCGGCAAUCGCUGCGGCGAGUUCGACAUGGCCUGCGCGCAUCAGCAGACGUGCUCCUUUCCCUGUGGCUACCUUCCAGCCGAGCGAAGUUUGAGCGUGCCCGGCGGAGCCCUGGAGAUCAGGGGAGCUAUGGCCAGAGUUCCAACCUCUCGAAUGCCCCGUUUGGAGUAUGGCCGUGGCUACAGGCCGUGGGCUGUGGCGUGA